UGUACUAGUCUGGACAUUGGAUUGAAUAAAACGAACUGCGCAAAGCGCAUUUCAUUCAUUCUUCCAUCGGACACGGAGCGUGCAACACACUAAGAGUUGGAUCAAGCUGACGGUAGCAGCGAGGCUUUGAAAAAUUCUCUCGCUGUUACUUCCCACCCCGCCGGGCCGAGGCUCACACCCAGAGCGCCAUUUCCUCGAUUCGUGAGUUUUCUUGCGACAGUCAUCCGACCCAGUUGAUAGCUGGGCAAACGAUCAGAAUGGACUCGUCAGAUGUCGGUCGCGACAGUGGCGCAACAUUCAACGGACCGCUGGCUCCCACAAAAACGCCCUCGAAAAAGUCCCUUCUAAAGGAACUGAGCGAGGUUCUCAAAAAGAACAACGCACUCCGCGAGCAAGUGGCAAGUUUGUCAGGCUUUGGCAGUGACUGGAUUCCGGCGUCGUCUAGCACGGGCCACUCUGAUGGACCACUUCUUUCGGCGAUGAGCAGUUGGUCACUUAGUGCACUGAACAUACCGGAAUGCGUACCAUCGGAAGGGCAAACUGAAAUUGACAAACAAGCAUUCGAAUACUGGAAGGACAUGCUUGUUUCGUCGCUUCAGCUGGCCAACGCUACAGAUGAAAGGAUGAAAUACGGAGUGUUCAAGAUCAAGUCUGGCCCCAAGCUCCGGGAAAUCUUGAGCACGACAUCUUCUACACCAGAGAUGCCGGAUGAGCAAACUUCCCCAUUCUCGAACGCAUUGGCUCGACUUGACGGAUACUAUGGAUCCAGGGCAUACACACUAACGCAACGAGGAAAGCUUAUGAUGAUGCUGCAAGGAGCUACGGAAAACAGCAUUGCAUUUGUGCGGCGCGUGACCUGUGCUGCGAAGCUGUGUGGUUAUGGACCGGAUGAAGAGAUGGAGGCGGUAGUGAGAGUUAUCACACAAAGGGCUAACGAUGCUAGAGUUCGGACACUGGCCAAUCGGAAUUGGCUGAAGCAAGGUACCAUGAAGGACCUCAUCGAUCUGAUCCAGGACCAUGAGAUUGAAAAAUCAAGCGAAGAAGAGUUUCUAAGGAGGCAAAGGCUGAGAGAUUCGCCAUUGGUUGCGGCGGUGUCUCACAGCAAUGAGGAAUAUCGUAACCAACGAACAGCUUUCAGUUCGUACGGAAGAGGCAGAGGAUUCCCGAACCGUGGUGGUGGAAGAGGAGGACGAGGAUUUUCGAGAGGCAUCAAUCGUUCACAAUCCAACUGUUGGAGGUGCGGAAGCGUUUAUCACCGAUCAUCUGAAUGCUUUGCGAUCAAGAAGGACUGUCGAAUUUGCCGACAGUAUGGCCAUAUUGCUCGUUGCUGUCCAUCGAAUCAGUCCAGCCCAUUGGAGCAGAGAAGACCCUUAAAACGCCACGCAGAGGAAGAGGAGCCUACCGUAGAACGGAAGAUUGCCGCCAUCGAAUGUGCGAAAACGGAAGCUGAUCCAGACCCAAAGGUACAAAACAUUGAUGAUUUGGAGUAACAUGUUUUAUUGAAACAAUCUUAAAUGGAUUACAACUUGAAAGAAAAGUUUUAUUUGAAAUAAACUAAUUGAAAUAAAAGAAAAUAAAAUAUUGAUUUAAAUGUUUGCGUAUCAUUUUACAGGCUAAAACCGAUUCACAAGUCGCCGAAUCUGAUACACUAGAGGUGAACAACAUGCAGGCCACUUGUGGCCAUAGAAUUCCAAAUGCAACGAUUGAAGCAAAAGUUGCCGGGAUUGGAGUUAAAUUUCUAAUUGAUUCUGGUGCGCAGGUGAACACCAUU